CACUUCCCAGCGGGAAGCGCGCGCGCGCGGUCGGGAAGGCGCUGAGGGGGCCGCUCGCCCGUGUCCGCGGCGCCGCCGCCGCCGCCAUGGUGCUGUGCGACGUGUGCGGCCGGGCCCUGCCCUCCGAGGCGGCGGCCGGGCGGCACCCGCGGCGCCCGUCCCUGUGCCGCCGCCAGCCCCGCUGCCCGCUCUGCGCCGCCGCCGUGGGCUGCGACGAGCUCCGGCGGCACAUGGAGACGGCCCACCCGGAGCCGGGCCCGCCCGGCUGCCGCAGCCCCGGGGCGCCGCCCGAGUGCCCGUUCUGCGGGGAGGCGGCGGGGCGGGAGCUGGAGGAGCACGUCAGGGCGCGGCACGGGCACCUGCUGGGCGCCCCGGGCACGGGUGAGCGGCGCGGGGACGGGCGGGUCUGUCCGCGGGGAUCGGGGCUGGCAACGGAGAACCGGCCGGGGGAUAAAGUUGCGACGAAGGAAAUAGUUAUGUAUUUAGAUGCAGGGAAUGGUGAACAGCUGUAUGAAUGUCCUAUGUGUAGUCUCACCUGUACAAACAUUCAGAUUCUUGAAGAACACGUGGAUUUACACUUGGAGGAACAUAACUUUUCAGAAGGUGGAAACAUUAGAGAUCUAGAACUGGCUCAGCAACUCCAGACUGAAGAAGAUGAAUGGCAGAGAUCAGAAGAAGAGAAGCGAGAGAGGGAAGAAUUUCAAAAGCUACAGAGGCAGUAUGGCUUGGAUAAUUCUGGUGGCUUCAAGCAGCAAUUUCUAAACAAUAUGGAAAGAGAAGUUGAUAGAGGAAGGAUGCAGCCCUUUGAAUAUCAUAAGAGAAAAGCUGACAUGAUGGAAAGUUUGGCUUCUGGCGUAGAUGAUGGGAGAACUAAGACAUCAGGAGUCAUUGAAGCAUUGUGCAAGUACUAUCAGAGUGAGAACAAAGAUGUGAGGCGUGUGUGGCUUUCAGCAGGAGUAGAUCACUUCCACUCAUCUUUGGGUGACAGAGGCUGGGGUUGUGGUUACAGGAAUUUCCAAAUGCUCCUUUCCUCACUGUUGCAAAACAGCUUCUACAACGACUGCCUGAGAGAUACUACACUAAUUCCUAGUAUCCCAAAGAUUCAGUCCAUGAUUGAAGAUGCCUGGAGAGAAGGUUUUGAUCCUCAUGGGGCAUCUCACUUCAACAACAGAUUACAUGAUUCCAAAGCAUGGAUAGGAGCAUGUGAAAUUUAUUCACUGUUAACCAGUCUCAGGAUAAAGUGCCAAAUCAUUGACUUUCACAAACCCACUGGCCCUAUGGGUACACACCCUCGCUUGUUUGAGUGGAUUUUGCAUUACUAUUCUACAGAUAAUGAAGGUGGUGCAAAGGUGGUAUGUACUUCCAAACCACCUAUCUACUUGCAACAUCAAGGCCACAGUCGUACUGUUGUUGGAAUAGAAGAGAAGAAGAACAAAAGCUUAUGUUUGCUACUGUUUGACCCAGGGUGUUCUUCCCAACAAAUGCAGAAACUCCUGAAACAAAACAGUGAUGGAAGUGGUCUCAGACUACUUCGGAAAUUUGUGGGUAGCCUAAAAGAAAAGCAGUAUCAGAUAGUGGCGGUAGAUGGGGUGCUCUCUUUGGAAGAGAAAGCUGCUCGCUGCCGUGCUUCUCAGGUCUUAACAUCAGAGAAGAUUCCUUAAAGGGAUACCUUUGUAACCUGCUUCUGGAACUUUCUGGGUGCAAAGCAUUAAACUUCUGGACUGUGACCCUAACCCAACAAUUUUUAGACUUAAAUUGUGUCUCCAUAAAUGCUUGGGAGCUCUGGGAAUGCACAACACUGGAGUAAACCUGUAGUUUUUGUAUUCAGUCUGGCAUCCUGAUACAAAUGUAACUCUGAAGUAUUGCAGUUCUUAUCUCAUUAGAAAAUGUGUUAUUUUCUUAGUUGCUUAAAAUUAGCAACACCUACUGUCUUGUAGCUAAAUAUGCACUGUUGGUAAUGAGCAGUGGAGAAAAAGAUACUGUGGAACUACUUCAUUGGAGUUCCUGGUCAUGGUUUGCCUCUAAAUGUGUUUAUGUUGCCACUGUGACCAGUCCUCUGUUUCUUCAGGGUUCAGUCUGUUGCACCAGGGAUUAAUUUACUAGUAAACGUCUCUUCAAUUUGCUGGCUUCUCUAGAUGUAUCACUUGAAUACAUGUCCUUAGGAAGUGGAUCAGUGUUGGCAUUGGCUAAGAGGUCUAACAAAGCAGUGUCCAAAAUACAGUGUGUGUGUUUUAGGUGCUGUGCAAGACAAUUCUUUGGGGUAGAGGAAGAAAAUAUUCCUUUUGUACCAUGAAUGAAUAAAAUUAAUAUAUUUUUUAAAA